GUAUUGCGGGCGCCUAUUGGCGCCAAGCAAGAUGGCCGGACUUGGGGAUCUUGUUGCAGCUUGUCUAAUAGAAAAAGACGUUGAUGCCGAAGUGCUUUGGACGUGGUCUUAUCCUACCAUCAAUGAAGCGCACCGUCAGGUCAUCUUGAGGAAGUGCUGUCUGAAGACUGAUAAAGACGAAAUUAUAGCGUUUUGUUUUGGCCAGUUUAACAAACAAUGGUUUUACAUUUACACAUCAGAGGUUAAGAAUUCGGAUGCAUUGAGCAAGGUCACUCAUGUUGCUCUGACACUGAUAACUAAGGAUUUUUGUCCAGAGAAGUACAAAGGUCUCUGCAAGAUUAUGUGUAACAAGUUCAUCAAAACAGGGGAUGCCAGCGGCAUGCUGGAGGCAUACCUAUCUGUGGUUACCAAAGGCUCUUGCCCUAAUGAUGAUAAUGGUUUGUUUUUAGUCAAGGACUUUGAUCCUCGUCUGUCAUAUGUGGCCUCUCCUAUUUCAGAUGUGAUCAACAUAUUUGGAGUGGAAACAAUUCUGAUAUACACUGCACUUCUGCUAAAGAAGAAAGUAGCUGUGUACAGUCCUAAAGUUGAAACUAUUUUGGAUAUUUGUAGGGCAUUACCUCUAUUGGUUUGGCAUCGUCAGAACUGGAACAUUGUCCAUCCCUAUGUACAUCUAGAGGAAGAGGAACUUGAGAGGCUUACAACAAGCAUUACAUACGUGGCUGGCUUCACUGAUGCAUCAGUUGAAAGCAGGACUGAGCUGUAUGACCUGUUUGUUAAUGUUGCGGCUGGAGAAAUUUCAAUUGCACCCGAAUCACGAGAAACCUUCCAGAUGGGAAAAAUUCACAAGGACAUCGCCAUGUUUAUGGUAGAUGCUGCUAAAAACGAGGAAUACAACGAUCAAAAGCUCGUCAAGGAAUUAUCGGUCAAGACAAAGGAUCUUAUUAACAACCUUAAAAAGCUGGCAGUUGAGCCGGAGGAAGGUGGAAAGGUCAGAGUCACUUUAGAAGCAUUGAAACAACGAAAACUAACACCAGUUGUGGAAAACUUUCUUUUUAACCUGGCUGCAGCCGAAGGCUUGGUUUGAGGAAAAAAAAGGUGGCAUGUUUUAGUGCAGUUUAAAUCGAUCUUGAUGCCCGACUGACUAAAGGUAGUUUACUUUGAACUGCAUUGAAACGGUUAAAGAAUUCUGUCUCUGUUACAAUGGAAUCAUCCAGACUCGUUCACAAUUAUAAUUAAUAUUUUGAAUCGUAGUAGCUAAUUACACGGGCGCGUGGAAUGUUGGGAAGGAUGACUCCAUGAUGCUGCACGGCCUCGUCCAAUCUUUCCCAUAAUGCUCUAUCAUCUCACGAAUAAGCAGUGUAAUAAUUUUAAUGCGUACAAAAAAACGAGCUUUAUAAGAGUAGUUUCUUCUAUUCACCUAUCUAAGAUUCGAUCAAGAUUUCAACUUUAUUUUAUUUUCACCCCUAAGCAAUAAAGGGGAAGAAAUACUAAAAAACGUAUCAUUUGACCUUAAGCUCAAGCGAACGCAAAUGAAUAUUUGCCUGCUAUUUCACAGGCCUUGAUAGAGACAAGUAAAAUACAUCACGUUUAUGAGCUUGAGCGUGGGUCGUGAAGCGAAAAAAUGAUGAUAUUUUAGUUCUAUAAUGAGAACAACGUUUCUAAAAAUAUCACGCGGCAGUUUUUACUGUUUAUGACUUGCACGUACUCGCAUGUAAUUUCCUUCUGUCCGGAAAUAUCUGAAACGACGCUUUCUGUAAGUCAUCUCAAUAUUUUCUUCGAUCUUAGUCACUCUGAGUGUCUUUCAUUUGUAAUUUUUUUGUAGCUUAUUAUUUCCGUACGAGCUUUAUUUCACCUCACUGUAUUGAGAUCUAUUCGAUUUUGAAUUUUGGAAAAUUCCGUAUUUUGUAGCUUGCAAGAGUGAACUUCUAUUUGAGUGACAUAUCAUAUGGAGAAAUGAAAACAAUCACAAAAAGAUACAAGGAUUCUUUUUGUGUGUAAUUUGUUUUCAUUGUUGAACCAGCUGACGGUUUUAAAACUUUUCGAGUGAUUAAAAAGCAACUUAAAUAAAUUGUGGACUUUUCUGAAUAGAUAUGCAAUUUAAAAUCAGUCUCCGUGCCAGCUCUUCCUCUUAUAAUUACCAAAAAGAUAAUAAAAAUAAAAAUGAUGACUUUG